AUUGGUCAUGGAUAUGCCAGCAAUUGGCACAUACGAUGAAGAGAUCAAACUCCAAGAUAUGGUUAUAAGGAAAGGACAGCUUGCGGAGACAUUAAUUGUGAACAUACUAUCUGCAACGAAUACUGAAUUGGUGAACUGCAAAGCGCUGGAGUGGUCAACACUAGUUGACAAAGAUGGGAAACGGACAUUGAAUUUAAUGGCUGAAGAUGAGUUCCAAACAGCUUACCCACAGCAGCUGGCAAAGCAUCUAGUUGGGGUUCAUAGUUUAGCUGAAAAAAUCGCAGAACUCCAAAACGCAAUGAUAAUAAACUUUUUGCCAAACCUCUCCCACCAAAUAGACCAACGGCUCAAUAGUGAGAUUAGAGAUCUUCCAAAGGAGAUGAAAUUGGGGGGGGUCGUGCAUGCGUUUUCAAAGUUCAUCCUAGAUCUUAAGGAGGUCUUGAAAACUGAGUAUGUCAAUCUUAUUAGAGUUCGUCUGAAAGAUUUGUCUGAGCAAAUAAAGGAAAAACUUAAGUCUUCCAAAAACACUUUUCUAGAAGAUGAGAUAGCUGCAUUAGAUUCUGGUGAUAGUGAUAGUGAUCACCCACCCUCCCCAUCUCAUUCUUGUGAAUACCAAAAUGGGCAUAGCAUGUACGGAGUUACAUUUAUUUGUUAA